AUAUACGAAUAUUUUCAAGUCGACUUAAAUAUUCGCGAAACCCCUGAAUACGUGUUUCCACUCUUUCAAAUCAUAAUGGUAGAAAAAACACUUUAUUUUAAAGCAAUACGGAUUUUGGCGGAGGCUUUUAAUAAACUCAACAAUUGGCCGUAGAUUUUGCAGAAGCUAUUUUCAAAAAAGUCAUAAUGGCUCAUAUUGGACGUUCGGUUAAAAAUGUGGAGGCGCCACGUCCUCUAAAAACCCAAUCGCGCACUUCGUUGAAUAAUAACUUUAUGUUGAUUGAAGAAUUAAUGCAACUGAUUGAAAAUGUAGCCAUGUCUCUUCAAUCGGGAAUUAACAACACUGAACCCAUGGCUACGUUGGCUCAAAAUUUACGUGUUCAUGGUCCACAACUGGAGACUAUGUCUAAAGACACCUUAGACCGUGCGUUUGUAGUUUUUCGCAAUGCUUCGCAGGACGAACGUUUAAAUAUUAUGACUCGUUUAAAUUUAUUAGAAUUGAUAGAAUUGCGCGCCAAAGGUUGGGAAGACAAUGGUAUCAAUUCGUAUUAUAAAACUAAACAGGCAACGAACGCAAAUGAGCUGAUCGAUGGUGGCCAGCAUCAUAUGGAUGUAAUGCAAGCAACGUUUUUGAGCACUUCCCCCACAUUUAGCGGUGCUGGAAGUACUAAUGCGACGGCGGUCGCUCUUGCCGCUGUAGGUUCUGCCACUCAGCAACAACUGCUUUUAGGGCCGGGAGAAGUUAUACGUAAUUCCGGAAAAUUCCCAAAGCCAACGCGUAUUCCUGGCAAAACCUAUUGUAAAGACGAAGUUGUUAUACGUAAUGCUGAUUCGGGCAAAGUUAUGGGCAUUAAAGGUCGUCGCGUCCAUAUGAUAGAGGAACUCAGUGAAACUGUAAUUUCUUUUCAAAGAGUGAACCCGGGUGCAAAAGAACGCUUGGUACAAAUAACAGGUCCUGCUGAAGAUAAGAUAAAUUAUGCUAAGCAAUUAAUUGAGGAUACAAUACGUAGGAAUGCCUCACCAGUACGUUUAGAUCCGGUGAUAGAUAACAGCACCGUUGGUGGCGGAGGCGGUUCAUGUUCUUCUUUGGCUUCUUCCAAUUCGGACGAAAUAGUGCAGCCGCGUACACCUGUUGCUAAUUCCUUAUCCAAUCGUUUGAGCUUCAAUUCGGCUCAAAACUUCAUGACUGCAUCAGCGGCAGCACAACAGAUGGCUCAGCAGCAUCUCAUGUCGAACGCCUCAGGCCCGAUAAACAAUGCAGUUGCAGUUGCUGCUGGUAAAUUGAUGCGCCCCAAUAUGCAAAUGUUGUUGCAUUCAUAUUCCACAAAUGAUGCUUCUUUAGGUGAAUACAAAUUUACAUGUAAUGUUGGUCAGCAUGUAAUCAAAAUCACUGGAGAUUGCUGUGAUCUUGUGAGGAUUGCAAAACUGGUCCUGGACGAUUAUUUUAGCAGUGCUGAAUUUUUAGCCUCUUUAGAAGCGGGUGCUGCUUUUGAUGGUUCUUUGGUAAGCCCAAUAACAACACCGUCCGCCACAAUGACGGCCGCACCUCAAUUUGCCGUAAGCACUCCUUUGCAAAAUAUGGCAUCACCUUUAAAUGCCGACAGCGGCAUUGGUCUUAAUUUGAUGACCCCUACAAUAGCUAAUAACAAUAGCAAUAGCAAUGCAGAAGGCGACGAUGAUGUAUUUAUAGAGGGAAAUAAUUUGACAAAAUCUUCUUCUCAAAGCAACGGAUUGUCACGCUCACGACGCAGUCAUUUUUCACGUAAAGACUCAAGCACAGAAAUAGCUGGCAGUCAGACCAAUCGCCAAAAAACCGAUACCGCAAGUGCCGAAAACACUAAUAAUACUGAACGUACACGCAUUAUCCAUCAUUACGAGCAUUUAUUGUAUUAUGCCAAGAGUCCACAUUCGUGGGCUUUACCUGCUGAUUGGCAAUACAUUUGUAAAACAUUUCCGGCUAUCGUGCGUAACAAGGACUUGCAAGAUGAAAGUAACCGUUUUGAUGGCGAAAAAUAUUUGGAAUUGGUUAAAUCGUCCAGUAAACGUAACAUAUCGGCACUUAUAGAUGAAUCAACCAAUGAUGCUGAAAAUCUAGAAAACGAAUAGCAAUCGUGACACCACUCAAACGAAUGUUUGCUCUUUCCUUUCUUCAAAGAUUUCAUAAAGAUAAAUAUGAUUUAAACCAUUAUUUGCUUAAACCAAGUAUUUAUAUACAGUGUAUUCAUAAAAAAAAAAGAAAACUAACGAACGAACCCAGUUAUAGAAGAUAAGGAGUUAAUUUUUUUCUUCCGGGACUUCUAUCUUUUAGAUAACGAAAAAAAUAUGAAAGUAGUACAU